AUGUACAAAAAACUACAAACAAAUAAAACACAACCAGGAAUUGGCUUAAGUAGUCCACAGCUGAUACAGAGCCGGGCCGUCGAGUUUACGUAUAGGAAUCAGAUAUUAUACGAUUGCCGAGAGCUGUGGGACCAGGAGUUGGGCGGCAAAGUGUACACCGGACUCAUAUUUGUGACCACGUUCAUUGUGCCCAUGUUUGCGCUCAGCUUUCUAUACAUCUCGAUCGGUGUGACCGCUCGGCAUACAGUGCCCGGCAAUUCAAAUGGCGAUCACGUUCAGCAACAGAAUCGUGUGAAGAUUGUUAAAAUGCUGGUGAUCCUGGUGAUUUCGUUUGCAGUGUGUUGGCUGCCCAUACAGGUGUUUAAUAUGGUUUUCUGGUUGUGCGAUAGUUGCCGUACUCUAUCAACUCAGUAUCAGGUAAUUUAUUUUUAC